AAAUGAAAAAAAAAACCCAGACGUUACUUCUUAUCCACUUCCAACGGUUCUGAAUUCCUCAAAAAAAAUUCUUCCCCCGGGGCAUUAACUACUUUUCAAAGCCACUCACUUCACUCUCAGAAAGCUCAAGAACACAAAAAUGGCGCUCUCUGCUUCCGCCGCCAUCGCAAGCCCCAAAUCCCUCUUCCGCGCUCAAGCCCUUCCCUCCAUUUCAAAACCCACUUGCUCGUUUUCUUGCUUCUCCUCUUGGCAACCUCAAUUCGACAGAAAUGCCAAUAGCAACCCCUCUUCGAACUCUGUUCCCAAGCGGAAGAAUCGCAUAGUUGAUGUGGGCAUCGGGCUGUUGUCGGCUUCGAUUCUCGCUCUUUCUCCGAUGGACGCCGACGCCACCAGGAUCGAGUACUACGCCACGGUGGGAGAGCCUAUGUGCGAGUUCAAUUUCGUCCGGUCUGGGCUCGGCUACUGUGACGUCAUUGAAGGUCCCGGUGAAGAGGCGCCUUAUGCUGAGUUGAUCAAUAUACAUUACACUGCUCGAUUUGGUGAUGGGACUGUUUUCGAUAGCAGUUAUAAACGGGCUAGACCGCUUACUAUGCGGAUUGGAGUCGGUAAGGUGAUUAAGGGUCUGGAUCAGGGGAUUUUCGGGGGUGAUGGAGUACCUCCAAUGCACAUAGGUGGGAAGCGUAGGCUUUUCAUUCCUCCAAAGUUAGCAUAUGGACCAGAACCUGCAGGCUGCUUCUCAGGCGACUGCAACAUCCCUGCCAAUGCAACUCUUGUCUACGACAUCAAAUUCGUUGAGAUUUACUCAGGGAACAGAAAGUUAAGCAAUCCCUAAAGUCCGACGACAAUGACAUAUAUAUAGGAAGAUAACUAAAGGUGAAAGAACCAAGUGAGUCUCCACAGUGUAAAUCACUAAAUCCUCAUUCCAGUUGGUGCUUCCUUUCCUUGUUUACACCUUGAUUCACAUUCAAAAUCCCAAGAGUCUAGCAUCUGCAUAUUGAAUACAGAAAAGUAUCCAUACUUGUGGACACUUGCUCUCAUGCCGAGUUCGGUGACAGUUUGCAGCCAUAGCAGUUUGCUCCUUAGCAUCUAGAUGGCAGGAAGUGAAGGGGAGGGAACAUUUCUACGAUGAGUAUUAUGGGGAAAAUGCUGAAGUUUAUAUUUUUUACGUGGAAUUAGAAGGGUUUUUCUUUUUAAAUUCCUAAUGUGUUCUUUUUAGGUCUCAUUCCUUUUCUACUGUAUGAAGAAAUGCUUCACCUUCACAAGUUCGAAUGAGAAAUUAAAGGUGGGAAGGAAGCACUGAGUUGAUUUCUGCUAAUGAAUCUUAUUAGAUUAUCAUCAUCUUUUACAGGAGCAGUGUUGCAUUUGCCUUUACGCUUCCCUUUUGAUCACACGAGGAGAGGGUGAGGGGGGAAAAGGAAAGUUGAAAAGGGAAAAGAAAGAUUCUGUCUUCUGGAGUUUCGUUUGGUGGUCAAUUACAGAUAUGGUCACCUAACUAUGGGGUUCUUUAUAAAUCAACCACUAAAAUUGUCAGUCAAAGUUUGAAAUAACUAACACGAUAGUCACUUCGUUCAUUUUAGUUGAAGUCUUCUGUUGG